GGUGCGAAGUCUACUCGAAUAUGGAGCUGAUCCCUCACUUCAAAAUUCAGACGGGACUGUGCCUUCAGGUCUAACGAGACUUGAGGAAAUAAAGAGGCUACUUCCAUAUUGUCACCCUGUUACAGCCGACAAAUCACCUGCUAAAGCCGAAGAAAAGGCAAAGGAGGACCAGGCACCGUCCUUCAUUCCGUCGUAUCUGAAAUAUCCAAGCUUCCCCUAUAGUGACGCCACCAAUGCGCCAGUGGAGUCCACCCCGCAAGUAGCGCAAGUACCUGCACCAACAACACAGACACCGGCCCAGGAAGUUCCAUAUUCGCAGACUCAGAGGAACACACAGACGCCAACACAAGCGCCACAAGCACGCCCAGAACCUAGGGCCGGGCCGAGUGUGCAACCAACUACACCACAACACACACACACGGGGGCCUCCAACGGCAGCAGUGGGGAUGGGGGCAGACGUGGUGGGUACGAAGCCAGCGAUGAUGUGCACAAGAAGGCCAUAAUCCUGUCAUACAUCAAUGACUUGUUACAGCAGGAACGCAUAUCGAGAGACGUGGCUUUCUAUCUCGCCCAUAGGCUGUUCAGCCAGGAGGAUGACAUUGGCCUGCAUGUGAUGUAUGCUGCAUUUGGUCAGAAGGGCUUACACGACGCCUUCGUUGCGUGGAUUCCAAUGACCUAUCCAGCAAUCGGGCACUCUGUGUCCCAUUAGUACUACUUAUCUAGGCAGUGGUAUAGGCUCGUAGAUUCCACUGAACGGAUUUACAAAAUGAAGUUGAUGCCAUGGGAGGGAUGUCUUGAGGCGAGUACACAACAGCACGUGGUUGUUGAGUUGGUUCCCAAAUGCUGCGGGAAACACGCAUCGGCAGGCACAUCUGAGAGGCGAAGGGCGGCCUUAGGUGGCGAGCGGUGUCGUACUAUUCAUUUCCCCUGUACGAACCUAUUGGAUGUGGCAGCCACGCUUGCCCCCACAGGUAUCAGGACGCACUUUGAUGGUAUCUCAUUGCAUUGCAGGUACUGUUUGAUCUGUGCUCGGCCAGCCUGCGUCGUGUGACUUCGCUUGUGGGAAGGGAUUGCAGUCGUCGCAUGUCUCCAUUUCCCGUACUCGUUUCAGUUUGGGAACUGAGUGGGUAGAUGUAGUUUACAUGCUCUGCCUGCUGUGCAGAGACAGCUUGAGAUCAGAUCUUAGCAAGUAGGCAGACACUGGCCUCGUGAGGUUAUUGAAUAAAUCGCACCAGCGGCUGCGUCUCUGCCAGCCCAGUAGAGAAGUGGUCAAAGGCACAUAGCAUCGUAUUGGCCCGCACAAAUAACCG